AUUUAUCACACAAGGAUUGCGAUUCCUGCCUAAGGCAAUCCGUGAGUAACCAUGAAAGCUGUUGCCAUGGGAAGCAGGGAGGUUAUGUUCAGAAGCCUAACUGUUGGUUCAGAUGGGAUUUGUAUCCCUUCUAUAUAUCCAAUGCUUCUACUACAGCUCCAUCCUUAUCUCCACCACUUCCAGUGAACUCUGCCAGCAAAAACGGAGACGGAGGCCAUUCAUCCCAUACCCUACUCAUUAUAAUCGUUCCAAUUAUCAUCUUCGUGGUAGUAAUUGUCAUACUUGCAGCUGUUAUUCUCCUUAAAAGGAACAAGAAAAGAAAACAGGAUGAUCAAAUUAACAAGAAUCAUACGGAACCGUUUCAAUUUGACUUUAAUGCAGUAAGACUUGUAACAGAAAACUUCUCGGAUGCAAACAUGCUCGGACAAGGUGGAUUUGGUUCUGUUUAUAAGGGUCAGCUUGAAGAUGGAAGAAAAGUAGCUAUAAAGAGGCUGUCUGAAAAUUCCGGACAAGGAGAACAAGAAUUCAAGAAUGAAGUGAUGUUAUUGGCAAAGCUUCAACACAGGAAUUUGGUUCGGCUUCUUGGUUUUAGCUUUGAACAAAAGGAAAGGGUUCUUAUCUAUGAGUUUCUGCCUAAUUCAAGUCUUGACAGCUUUAUAAUCGAUUCAGUAAAGUGUUUACAACUUAAUUGGGAGAAGAGGUACAAAAUUAUAAAGGGAAUGGCGAAAUUAUUUGCGCUUGAGCAAAGUCAAGCGGAUACAAGCAAAAUCGUUGGGACCUAUGGAAACAUGGCUCCAGAGUAUGCAUUGCGUGGACAAUAUUCAGUUAAAUCUGAUGUUUAUGGCUUCAGAGUGUUGGUUUUGGAAAUCAUUAGUGGUCAAAAAAUCAAUAGCUUCACCAACCGAGAAGUGGGAGACUCUCUGCUAACCCAUCAUGGAGAAACUGGAAUGAAGGGACUGCUUUGGAAGUUGUAGAUCCAAUUCUGAGGGAUGGCUCGAGAAGUGAAAUAACGAGAUGUAUCCAGCUUGGGUUGCUUUGUGUUCAAGAAGAUACUGCUUAUAGACCAACCAUGGCCUCUGCGGUUCUCAUGCUUAGUAGCUAUUCCAUCUCUCUUCCAAUGCCAUCGGCACCUCCAUUGUCUAUGCAUUCCAUCAGGGAGAGAGAAACGAAGUCGAAGUCAUCAUCCUUCUCUAAUCAAUCUAAAAGAGAAACCGUCCAAGUCUCUGUCAAUUAGGCUUUGGUUUCUGAACUAGAUCGUCAUUGAAGUUUGAAGAUGGUACUUUGUACUUCCAUAACAUAUUUUCUCUUACAUGGUAAUCAUAAGUAGAUCCAAUUCUGAGGGAUGGCUCGAGAAGUGAAAUAACGAGAUGUAUCCAGCUUGGGUUGCUUUGUGUUCAAGAAGAUACUGCUUAUAGACCAACCAUGGCCUCUGCGGUUCUCAUGCUUAGUAGCUAUUCCAUCUCUCUUCCAAUGCCAUCGGCACCUCCAUUGUCUAUGCAUUCCAUCAGGGAGAGAGAAACGAAGUCGAAGUCAUCAUCCUUCUCUAAUCAAUCUAAAAGAGAAACCGUCCAAGUCUCUGUCAAUUAGGCUUUGGUUUCUGAACUAGAUCGUCAUUGAAGUUUGAAGAUGGUACUUUGUACUUCCAUAACAUAUUUUCUCUUACAUGGU